AUGUAUCAAGACAACGUUGAGGGAUUAAUGAAUUCUGAAAUCAGGCAAGAUAAAUACCAGGAUCUUAAAUAUAUCUUGUUGUGGAUAAACGAGAAUGAUACAAAAAACAUGUUCGGAGAAGGCCAAAUACCUUUUUUUGAAAACAAUUGUUCACAUGCAAACUGUUAUUUAACCACUGACAAAUAUCUGAUAAAUGAUGAUUAUACAAAAUUCGAAGCGAUUAUUUUUGACGUGCACGAUCUUCAAAUUUGGAAAAAUAACAAUUUCCCUUCACUAAGAUCCUAUAAACAAAAAUAUAUAUUUUAUGGCAAAGAAUCUUCUGACGAUGUUCCCAUUUGCAGUGCAUUUGCAAAUAAAUAUUUUAACUGGACUUGGUCUUACAAACUGGAUUCAGACAUUGUCAGUCCUUUUAUUGAAGUAAAAGAUUUUGAAGGUAAUAUUGUAGCUUCCAAAAGAGUGGUUAAUUGGAAAACUAACAUGACAUUUUUAUCAGAAAUAGAUUUACAACCAUUAAAACACAAGAACAAAGCAAUGGCUUGGAUAAAUAGGAAGUGCCACACAAGAAAUAAUAGAAUGCAAUUCGCAAAACGCUUACAGCGUGCGUUUAAAGAGAAUUCACUAGAAUUCGAUAUCUAUGGCUGUGGACAACUGGAUUGUGCAAAUGACAAAUGUUUAGAAAAUAUUCAAAAAGAUUAUUAUUUCUAUUUCACUCCUGAAGAUAGUAAUACAGAAGACUAUGUGUCGGCAGAAGUUGUAACUGCAUACAAAAAAUUUGCAGUUCCCAUUGUUAUCGGGGGAGCAAAUUAUCAUAAAUUUCUUCCAGAAGGGUCUUAUAUAAAUGCAGGUGCCACGUCUAUAGACAAGCUAGUAGCGUUAGUAGAAUAUGUUAUAAAGAAUCCAAAAAUAUAUCACAGCUUUCAUCGUUGGAGAAACUAUUACAUUAUAAGCGAAGCUGAAAAAUUUAAAGGAGUGUGCGAAGUGUGUGAAUAUCUCAAUGAUGUAAGCAAGUAUGGUGUUUUUAGUGUGAAAACAAAUUUUAGAAAAUGGUGGUAUUCGGGACCGUUAUUUGAAAGAUGUUUUCCAAAAAGUCCAGAAAUUUUGUAUGAUCCAAAUAAUUCAAGACAUUUAUAA